CUUUUUCCAUAUAACAAGGUCGUACCUUACUAAAGACAGGCUGACUAGACGUUAUAGGAUACUCCACAGUUCAUACUAAGCCAAAAUUGAGGAGAUUCUAAUGGAUUUCAAUCUAUUGACAUAUUUUAACGCGUUCGAUGCAGAGAAGGAGUAUACUGCUGACUUCUCUGACAUUGAAGCUAAACUUGAAUCUGUGACGGAAACACUUGCACAUAAUCCAGAAUCGAUCUACCAUAACCAUGAGAUUUUUGAAGAAAUUCUCGAACUUUGUCAAGGAUUCAAACUGCUUGAAGCAAAGCAUCAGAAACAAUUGGCAUAUUUGGUUGCCACUUCAUUCAAUAGUAUUAACCACGUUGCAUUGACAACUUUGGAUGCUGGAGAUUAUGUCGAAAGCAUUGAGAGUAUCAAGAGAUCCUUGGAACGAUACGGAUAUUUGAUAUAUGUACUUUUGAUAUUCCUUGGGAAGGAAGAUUAUACUGGUGGAUCUAGAUCAAGACAAUCAUCAACAUCUGCUAACCAAAAUCCAAAAUGGAAAUCAAAUUGUACUCAAAUUGAAAAUUGUCUUGAAUCGAUAUCAAACACUCUUAAAAUAGAUUUAUCCAAGAUAUUCAUCACAACUCCAGAGCGUGACUUGUACCUCGAGUUAUUCAUAAGACCAAUUUUCCAUAUGAUGGAAAUACCUGAAAGAAUGAAACAUCCAGGAAUUAAGAUGUAUAUGUUUAAGAUUAUAGCAAUGUCAGUGAAGAACCAUGGACAUGCAAGUUCAGUUGAGAAUUUGAUUCUUCAAUCCUUAACAUAUUACGUUCAUUUGCCUCAUUAUAUGGCAGAACUCUUACAUAUAAUAUCAAAUCUGUAUGAUUAUAGUGUUUUAACGGAAGAAGUAUUGAGAGAGAUUUCACAGAUUGAGUUCAAUGCUAAUGAUAGUAAUGGACCCAAAUCCAUUGCUGAAUUCCUCAUCAAAUUAUCUGAAUUACUGCCUCGACUUAUAUUGAAACAGAUGUCAUCCGUGGCGCUCUUGUUGGACAAUAGUAAUAUGACAUUGAGAUGUUCAGUUGUAGAAACGUGUGGUAAUAUCGUUGUUGAUAUUAUCAAACACGAUUCUGGUAGCGGAAGUGGAGAUGUUGAAACAGAUGAACAUGGAAAUAAUGCUAACGGUUCUCAACAAAUAAAUGGACUUUUAGAUUUACUUGAAGAAAGAUUUCUUGAUCAAAACCCAUAUGUCAGAACAAAGGCAAUUCAAGCACUUACAAAGUUAUGUACAUUACAAGAUAAAUUUACUACUAGAAGACAAAAAUUCAUGUCAUUGGCUGUUAGAUCACUUGGUGAUAAGAGUACCUUGGUUAGAAGGAAUUCAGUGAAGCUCAUGUCAAAGAUUGUGUUGACACAUCCAUUUUCGUCUAUUCAUGGUACUCAACUUGGAUACAAUAAAUGGAGAAAGAGAUUAGAUGAUUCGGAGACUGAGUUGAAGGAAUUGUUACCCACCAAAGAGGACUCACCAGUUCCUUCAGGAGAUGAAAUGGCUCUCGAUGAUAUUUCGGAGAAUGAAGAUGAAGACGAAGAUAUGGAAGAUGUAAACGAAAACGAAGUAUCUGACAAGGAAGUAGAAGUUGAAGAUGAAGAUAGAGAUGAAGAGGAUGAUGAAGAGGAUGAAGAAGAUGACGAUGAAGAGUCUGGCAACAAACCAAAUCAGAAUAUUCCAGAUAUUAACUCGUUCUAUAAGCUUAGACUUACAAUUAAAUACUAUCAAGAUGCAAUCGACUUUAUAGAAGAAGUUGAGGAAGGUGUUAAGGUUGUAUCACAACUUCUUUUUUCAAAGAAUAGAAAUGAAGUUCUUGAAUCCAUGGAUUUCUUAGUCUUAACUGAUGCUUAUGAAAUUCGUGGAUCUAGUGACGGCAUUCGUCGUAUGCUUCAUCUUGUUUGGAUGAAGGGCUCAUCAGAUGAAGGUAAGUCAAUUGCUUCUCAUUUGAUUGAUUGUUAUAAAUCUUUAUUUUUAACUGCACCAACUACUUUAUCCAGAGUUCAACAAGCGGCUUUUAUUGCUAAGAAUUUGAUGGAGUUAACUUCUGCCGCAUCAGUUGCAGAUUUGGCCUCUUUAGAAAAACUAUUGUGUUUAAUGCAUGAAGGUGGUCUUAUUGCUCCAGAUGUCAUACAAGUGUUGUGGCAAAUCUAUAACUUCACGGCUACAGAUGAAUGUUCCAUUGAAGAUACCAAGAGACAAUGUAGACAAGCUAUUAUUAUUUUAGGAAUGUUAGCCCUUGCAGAUAGCGAAAUUGUUAUUAAAGGAUUGGAUUCAUUAUUAAAUGUUGGUCUUGGUGAAAGAGGUCUUAAAGAUUUGAUAUUGGCAAAAUACACUUGUAUUGCCAUUCAAAGAGUGGUACCCCUCAAUAGUAAAAGUGGGCCAGAGGCUAGAAUUGUAAGGGAAGCAGAUGCUAUUGCUAAAUUAAAGCAAACUUUAUUGACAUACAGUGAAAACCCUGAAUGGUAUAGUAUUGCCGAACAAGCGAUUGGAGCAAUUUAUCAAGUUUCUAGUGAACCAGACCAAGUGGGAUCUGAUAUUAUCAAGGAGAAAUCUAUAUUAGCAUUCCAGCGUAAUGAUGCUGAGCCUAACCAAUCUAGAGUAGUGUCACUCUCACAAUUAUUAUUCAUUGUUGGGCAUAUCGCAAUUAAAACUAUUGUAUACUUGGAAAGACUUGAAGCUCAAUUUAAAAAGAAGAAACAUGAUGCAGAAACCAAUAAAAAUAAGGAUUCUAAUAAUGAAGAAGAAGAAGGAAAUGAAUUAGAAAUGAUUGGAGGAACAUCAGAAGAUGACUUUACUGAUGCCGUUAUAUUCAUUAAGGAACGACAAUUAUUAUAUGGUGAAGAUGCUCUUUUAUCAAAAUUUGGACCGCUCGUGAAGGAGAUUUGUUCCAAUAAUAAAUUGUAUGACAACGAAGGUUUACAAAGAGCAGCAGUUCUUUGUUUGGCGAAGCUUAUGUGUGUGUCUUCGGCAUAUUGUGAAGAAAACUUACCAUUGUUAAUUACUAUCAUGGAGAAGUCUCCGGAUCCAAUUAUUAGAUGUAAUUGUGUUCUUGGACUAGGUGAUAUGGCAGUCUGUUUCAAUAAUUUAGUUGAUGAAAAUACUGACUUCUUAUACCGUCGACUUGCUGAUGAAAACAUCAUGGUUCAACGUACCUGUUUAAUGACGGUUACAUUUUUGAUUCUUGCAGGACAGGUCAAAGUCAAAGGACAAUUAUCUUCCAUGGCCAAGUGUUUGGAAAACCCUGAUCAAGGAAUUAGUGAUAUGUGUCGUCUUUUCUUUACAGAAUUGGCUACCAAGGAUAAUGCCAUCUAUAAUGGAUUUAUUGACAUUUUCAGUGGGUUAUCCAAUGAUGAGACUUUAUCUAAGGAUUCAAUGAAGAGAAUUGUAAAGUUCUUAGUUGGAUUUAUUGAAAAGGAGAAACAUCAAAAACAAUUAGCUGAGAAAUUAUUAGCACGUUUAAUCAAGUGCCAAGAUGAAUUACAAUGGAAUGAUAUUGCUUAUGUUUUGAAUGCCAUUCCGUAUAAAUCCGAAGAUAUUACUCAGGCAUUAGAAGGGGGGUUCAAAAUGGUACUGGCCAGACAGUAGAAUUUAUAGAGCU